CGACAGGGUCAUUGGAUCAAAAAUGAGCGCGUGAUUUGAGACUGCAUCCCGUUUACCGUUUUAGAACGCGGCUUUCACUCUUGCUACACCCGUGUGCUGUGUUCGCCUAUUUUCUGAUGGAUAUUUUCCGUUCACAGUUAGUGGAUAUAUAUUAUGGAGUAUUCUGCACCAAAUAUGAGUACCGGGCAGGCCACUUACUCCUCUCAGCAAGAACAACCCCGAAUCUCCUCCACGUGUAACACGCAACCACCAACGACUGCUUUUGCUGGCACGGAACCUAGUUCACAUCACCGUGCAUAUGCAUCAUAUUCACCAUACCACCCUCAACACGAGUUCAGUGGUUCUCAGGGCUCUCACUCUGGCAACAGUCCCCCAAGUUAUCCCCAGCCAUAUCCUCCGGAGAGUCAUGGACCCAGUUUGACGUUGAACCAACUCCUUCAGCAAGGGAGUACACCUAGCGGAUAUCAAAUGCGGCCGCAUAGUGGAGUACCAGCACCGUCACCCUACCGUCCCUAUGAGCAUUUUCCUUACGGAUAUAAACCGAGCACGCCUAGCGGUAUGGCGGAUCGUCCUCAGGAGGGUCUUCAGACAGUGCAGAUCGACGGACCGCAACGAUAUAUUUUGCAGGAGGGUCUUCCUGAUCCUGGUUUUCAAAUAGCUGCCGAUGAAGGCCUUGUCGACAUGGAAUAUGCAGACGACAUCGUUCUCGUCUUCAAAGAGAAGGAGAAUGCGCAAGGAGAGGCACUCGAAGUUGUGGAGCGUUUUACGCGUCUUGGAAGUUGUAUUAGUCCUGAUUGGUCUUCAAAACCUGGUGUUCAAAUAGCCUGUGAAGAAAACCUUGUCGAUCUGGAAUAUGCAGACGAUAUCGUUCUCAUGUUCGAGGAGGAGGAGAAGGCGCAAGUAUUCUUGGAUGAACGGACCAAAGUCAUCCCGUCCUUUGGUAUGCACUUUGCACCUACAAAGUGUAAGGCUAUGCUCGUGGACAUGCAGUCACUGAACACGCCACUUACGAUCCAGGGAGAGGUACUGGAAGUUGUGGAGCGUUUUACGUAUCUUGGAAGUUGUAUUAGUUCUGAUUGUAGUGUGACAGAUGAGGUGAACGCACGAAUCUGCAGGGCUCGGCCCGCUUUUGCUAACUUGCGACACCUAUGGCGUCAGAUUGGUUUAUCCCUAAAUCUGAUGGGACGUAUGUAUCAAGCUACAGUACGGGCUGUUUUGUUGUAUGGCCGUGAGACUUGGCCUAUUCGAGAAGCGGAACUGAGGCGUCUUCAGGUGUUCGACAAUCGUUGUCUCAGAACCAUGGCUCGUGUGAGUUGGUGUCGGCGAAUCCGUAAUGCGGCAGUUAGAAAGCGCGUUUUCGGUUGUUUAGCGGGUACUUUCAUUGAAGAAUGUGUCCAGCACCAGAAGCUGAGUCGGUUGGGACAUGUGCUGCGUAUGCCGAACCAUCGUUUGCCGAAGAAAGUGCUGUUUUCCAUGUCCAAUUUAGAGUGGCUUAAAAAGAGAGGUAUCCAACCCUUGACUUGGCAGACGAGUAUGAAUGAGAUCAUGAAACUCUUGGGUGUUGUCGGUGCUACUGGCCUUCCAGGAGUGGGACCGCGUGAUCCUCACUGUGCCUGGUUGGGGACACUACAAGUUAUGGCUGCCAACCGAUGUCAGUGGCGUUCUUGUCAGUUUCUAUCCAGAUCGCCUGAAUCCUCCGUACCUCCUUCAGAAUGGCGCAAACUACGAAGCGGACAACGUUUGACUUGGCAGAAAGGUGUGAAAGAGACAACUUCCUAUCCCUAUAUGAACACACCGAACCCUCGCUAUCCUGAUCCCUACGGUCGCACUGCCUAUCCUGGCUAUCCACCGAGCUCAGCUUACCCGUAUUACCAGACACCAACACAGCAACUGCGCCAGCAGCCUUUAUCCCAAACAUCAGCGAGUGAGUAUCCUAUCUCCAAUGCAGCGGCACCAUCCAAAGUACCCUCAACACCUCCAACUAGUGGUCCCUCGCUUAUGGACCGUCCGUCCUCCAGAUCUAUGAAUAUUCAUGGACAAAACCCUGCGAUUUCACCCUCUAGCCAGCUUUCUUCUCCCGUCCAUGCCGGUGGAAAUAGCGGUAAUCCCCCGUCCUCUAAUUGGCCACCACAGGGCCGUCCGUUUGGAUCACCACAACAACUCAAUCACGGUCAGUCCCCGUUUCAACAACAACCUCAGCAGCAACAACAACCAAGACCGCGUAGUGCGUCUCGGGACACACAGCCUAUGAAGGUGUCCAGUGAACCAUCCAGCGAACCUUCCACCAUUGCUCAGGCAGAUUGUACAAAUGAAUGUGCUACAGCACAAGCUGAGGAUGAAGCUGGGUCACGGCCCCCGUCCCGGCUGAGUGAAACCAGUGCUAAACCGGUACUAUCCUUUCUUCUGAAGGCUGGUCGGCCACCGACUGCAAACAGUUCCGGAUCUGGGAUCAGAGAGCAUGUCGAAGAGCAAAUGUUACCAAAUGCAACUGAUUUGCUACCGGUCACCUCGGAUUCUUUAUCUUCCGGUCCAAGUGUCUCGAUGGAUUCUUCUUCACCCCAUCCUGGACCUCCUCACUUUUCAAAUAUCUCUUCCCCGAACUCGUCACCGAACGUUUCCAGGGGGACACCACAGUCAUACCCAUCUUUCUCACAACAACCUGCCUUUAAUACGUCAGCCUCGGUCCCAGCCCAGGCGGCACAGUCAGUAGGUGGACCUCCUGCAAUGAACGUUAGUGAUCCCACUUUUACCUCCAUCUCAGGGUUGCAACGAUUGCCUGGCCAAGUGGGUCCUCCAUCUCGUCCCUAUGGCAUUCCAUCCCAAAAUCCUCCAGUAUCUCGACACCCAUAUCCACCAUACAUGCAAGGACAACCGACACAACAACCGACCACCAACAACUACCUUGCUGGUGGUCGAGGGCCUGCAUUCUAUCCCGGUGGCACUCACCCUAUGCGUCACGUGACCUCCCCCAUGCACUCGCUAGGCGUUACGGCCGGUGGCCCCCCUCGUUCUGCAGGUCCACCGGGACAGUUUCUGCCUCAGACAGGCCCGGGUGGUCCAGGGAUGAUGCCUCCUCCAGCUGCCCCUCCUCCAGCAGUAAGUCAAAUUGGAGCUGCGACCAGUGGACCAACCUCGCAACCAGGAUUUUUACCAGGUGCCUACAACCUAUCAGCCACCACAAACGGUACUCCUUAUCCAGCUCCUAUGGUGCCGGCUACUUCUUCUUGGGACCAACAAUCCCAACAUCCGGGACUUUCGAACAAUGUGGGGUCACAGCAGCAGUUCGCUACUGGAAGACCUUCUCCACUCUAUACUGGUCCUGCAGACCGCGUUGUUGGUUAUCCACCCUCUCCUCAACAUGGGGGCGCAACUUCCUCCAAUAGUACAGGAUCGAUCCCACAGUUGUCUGGCGGACCAUAUCCUCAUGCACAACUUCCCGUAUCGUACCAUUCUCAACUACCGUACCCAUCUUCGCAACCUCCUUAUCCUUCGCAUCCCUAUCCAUCUGGUAUGGGACUGAAUGGCCCAGCACAACUCUCACAACAGCCACUGAGCGGUAGCAACGCACCAGCGUAUCCUUCAGGACUUCCUACUCCUGCUGGUGGACCUGCUGGUCAACCCAUCAGAGAGCAUUUCCAUCCGCAAUACGCCCCAGGUCUUCCACAACCAUCAGACCGUGGCCCGCCCUCCUGCGGACCGCUCAGUGCACCCGGCAUUUCACCUGAGUCCGGUCCCACUGCCGUUCGUAUGGUUGCUGGUGGGAUUAAGAUGCUUCCCGGUGGAGUGAUUGGCAAAGGACCUAAGAUUGAGCCAGGCGUGCGUGUGGUUACACCCACUCUGGCUGCUGGAUCCUCGCCAUCUCAACCAGGUCCAAGUCCAAUCACUGGAGGAUCAGAAGAGUCCACGCAUACACAAAACGCCGUGCAACAGCAAACUCAAUCGUCAGGUAUCAUUCAGCAUCCGCAUCAACCGCCCAUGCAGGCCUACGCUAGUGGCUAUUGGUCUGAAGGCCCAGCUCCGAACCAGUUUAAUCCAUCUAUGGUUGGUCCUCAUGGUCCUCAUUCAUACUCGCCUUUCCAAUCACAACCACCUUAUCGAUCAACAAUGCCGCCUCAGCUCCCAUCGCACCACAUGCAUAACUUUUCGGGUUCAACCGGUGGCCCACCAGUUGGCAGUCCAAUGUAUGGAGGUACAAUGGCUCCCCAGAACACGCCACACGUGCAUUCCACCGCGCAUGUAUCAUCACAGAGUUCUUCUGGAUUUCAGAAAUUAUUGGAAAUGGGUUCUGAGCCAGAACGUCGUCCGUGGUUAGAGCACUAUGUUCGGUUCAUGGAUGAAAUUGGCAAACCACUGGUCGGUUUGCCACAAGUUGUUAAGCAGCCACUCGACCUUUACCGCUUUUAUUUAGCUGUUCGUGAGCGCGGUGGAGUGCUCGAAGUGAUCAAGGCUAGGCGAUGGAAAGAAAUAAGCCAGCUGGUGAAUAUUAAUGCGUCCGCGUCAGCAGCCUACACGCUACGUAAGAAUUAUUGCAAAUUCCUCCUGGACUACGAGUGUCGUUUCGAUCAAGGUGGUACGGACCCGCGUCCCAUAUUACAACUGAUUGAUGGAAUGUCUGGGAAGAAAAAGAAGCAAGCAUCUGGUGAUAAUGAGAAUGGUUGUGCAUCGGGCACAUCUCUAUCUGCCUCUGGCCUUCAGGUUCCCGCCCCACCGAGCCCGGCAGGCAGUCAUUCUUCGGCAUCCUCUAGCCUACUCCCACCUGGCAGUGGUAGUGCCUCUCUGUCUGGCGUGCCAACAGCUGGUAGCGCAGCAAGCGACAGCCAACUGGGUCCGCCAACACAAAAUCGACUCAGCGAAUCUUCCCAGUCAGUGGGUAAUCUUAUGAUUGGUGAAGGUACCAACGGAUUGUCUAGUUCGCCUAGUUCUACGGUAAUGUCCAGCGGCACGUCCUUUGCACCAGGAACGAACAUUCCAUCACCACAGCGUCCCUCAUCCGCCACGGCGACCGUGAAUGGAUACAUGAAUACUCCACACAACUCAGCUGAAACGACAGUGCGGUCAGGUGCAAAUUGGCCUUGGUCUUCUGAAUCUGAUUCGACCGCCAGUGUGGCGCACCAACACCCAGGAAUGAGCAUCAAUGGAUUUCCUACCAGCCCUUCGGUCCGCAGUUCAGUUUCUCAUUCGAUGCCAAGUAAAUCCACUCAUGUUUCAUCUGCUAUGGAUGGAGUUGCCCGAUUUCAGUACGCUAUGACUCCUUCACCACUGACAAAAGUGACUUCACCGCAUCAGUUACCACCGGGAACCAGCUCGGGCCCAGGGCAUCCGACAUCCGCCUCAUCGAUUGCUGGAUCAGUCCCUGCAACGACCACAGUAUCACCAUCUAUUGCUGCUCCCCUAACUGCUCCGUCUUCAAACGUGUCGACAAUGUUUCAGAGAAUGAAUGAACCCACCGUGCAUCAUCAUUCAGGGCCGUAUCCGCCACCAGGGCCACACUGCCUUCCAGGAAUGCAACCCCACUCAGCAUUGUCCCAGCAUCCGCCAUCACCCGGUCACCCAGGCAUACAGCAGUGUAACGCCACCGGAACACCCCAGUCAGUGAUGCAUCCUCGGAUGGGCAUGCCCCUCAAUGUCCGUCCUUCGCCGUUUGGUCCCUCCGUUGCACCACAUCCUGCUGGCGCGGGUGAUCCUGUCGCUAUCCUACGCAUGCAUCAGUUCCGAUCGUCCACGCCAAAUCAAUUACCUUCUUAUCCGCCUGGUCUUGUACCCCCUUAUCCUGGUGGGCCUCCUCCUGUGGGGCACAAUGUUCCGGCGCAUUUGAUUCACCAUCAUGGACAACGUCCGGGAUACGUUGCCACAAUAUUGAAACGUGUUGAGCACUAUCCAUUUCCUCCAGGAAGCAUUGAGGCGACACAGGUUGAACCAACCAGGAGAAGACGAUACAGGACAAAAGAUGUCGGACAAAUCGCAUCAUUCAAACUACUCAUGGCUCUUCGAUCAGGACUAACUGCUGAGGUUUCAUGGGCACUGAACUGCUUGAAUAUAAUACUUCGUGAUGAAGUUGCUCCCGAUUUGAUUGUGCCGUCAACUUUGCCAACUCUGAUCACCAAUCUGGUGGAACUUUGGCGGCAUUCUCUUGGCGAACUGUUCGACCACGACUUGUUCGUAACUAGUUUGGAGCUCCCAACAGAUCUCGGUAUGGUGUUCCGACCUGGGUUUUCGAGAAGUCUCAUUGACAAGCACGUAAGUAAGGCGGGACAGAAAGCAACACCCAAACGGCUACAGAAGACCGAAUUGAGCAGGGUACCUAACAUUAGUACGGCGUCGAAUGGACUUGCAAUCUUGGAGAGAGACAUAAUUGCUUUGGCUAUGUCUUACAACGUUCCUGUGUCGACUGUUCGUAACCGUAUUCGGAACUUGUUACGCAAAUGCGCAGACUCCAGCUCCAAUUCUGUUUCUUUGCGAACUCGUAAUGGGUUGCUGUUCCGCGUAGAACAACUGGCCUCAAUACCAAACAGUUUGGGUGCGAAUAUUAGUACUGGGGACCAGAAUGCCACUCAUGGUUCGAGAACAAGAAAACGGGGAAAACAAACUUUAACCGGUCUCAAUUGCAUCUCGGCCACGUCAAGCACCCUUGUAAAUUGUUCAGCUGCCCUUCCUUCCAUCUCUUCGUCGUCAGCUUUUUCUUCUGCGACUGUCAAGCCGGAGCCAAUGGGCACAUGGACAACUGCUCGAGUAACCGUAGCAGCUAACAGCUUGAAGACACCAGAGGCGUAUGUCAAUCUAAGGGAGCUGGCUCUUUUCGCCAUUGAUGAAUUAGUCGAAAACGAGUUGCGUUCACCUGUCGUUCAUGGCACUUCGUUGAAAACAGACACAGACGCCCGUAAAGCUUUUGCAAAGGUCCACCCUCCGCUUCCUGAACGUGAUUGUAACUCGAAGCUUCCAGACUAUUUGCGUCAACUGAUGACCCAUGGUGGUGGUGACACGACUUGCCACAUAAUGCCACCUUUCGGCGCGUUUCCGUUUCAGAGCGAUCAUUGGUCUGCAGAACCCGUCACGAUUGACACAAAAUUACCACAUCUACUGAUUCGUUCUACCGAGGACUCUUCCACGCCACCACCUGUCGUAUUGAAAGAGAAGUGUGCACCUGGAGACGAAUCGGUUGGUGGGCACGAAGAAGCGAUUGAUCUUAUAGACGAGGAUGACUCACAACCGUUAACAAAACGAGUUAGACACGCAUCCACAUCCUCUCUUGCUUGCCCGGUUUUAUCACCUCAGCCCAUCGAAGACCUUGCAGAAGAUUCACAAUCCAAGGAAACAAGGGCUUUGUCAACCGCAAAUGCCGCGGUGGAACACCCCAGUCCUUCUGAUCGCUUACAUAUGCACGAAGAUUCUGAAUUCACGCAAUUGGUUAUGGAUGCCAGUGGACGGUGUCCACUUCGGGCUCGAGAAGAACUUGUGCAUCACGGCCUUACUUGCCUAUGGUCCGAUGAUAAUGAAACAGACAGCAACGAAGCGCGUGCCGUUCGGUGUUUGUGUGUUUCCACGGUUUUGCGUAACCUUUCAUUUUUUUCUCAAGCUGAACAUCAUCUCAGCUCACAUAAAGGCAUACUAUCCCUGAUCGGACGUGUUAUUCUAUUAGGUCAUGAUCAUGUGGGUCCGACUGACACCUGGCACUCUGUUGAAGUGGCUGCAAGGUCGAUGGAAGCCAGUCAGUGUGCUUGGAGGACUCCAACGUGGCUGGAGGAUAUGCGAGAGAAUGCACUCGUUUUGCUGGUGAACAUCGCAGGCUAUCUGGAUUUAAUCCGUUUCGAGGAAUCCAUUGUCCGUCCGAUCCUGGAAGGUGUCAUACAUUGGAUUAUUUGCCCGACGGCUGUAGCUGCUGACCCGUUUCCUGGCCACCGAACGCUUAGCCCUCGACGUUUGGCGUUAGAGGCUGUCAAUAGACUUUGUGUGCACGAGUCCAACGUCGAUCUCCUAUUGUCUACGCCCGGUUCAAAAGAGGCGGAGUUGACAAAACUGUUCGACCGUCUCGCUAAUUGGCUGUCUCUGCCUGAAGAUCAAGUUACACGUGAAUUGGCUCUGUCUACAAUGCAUUACCUAACUGGGGGUGGAGUGUCGUUCGGUUCUAGUGCUGAUACAAUUCCAAGCAAGAGCUCCGCAGGCGACCCGUCUUCAAUUUCUCCACUACCAAACAAUUACACUGGUACAACGUUGCUCGCCCUUGCUAAACCUUGUCCAAUCGCUGGUCUUCUUGCAUUUAUCGAGGCUGCCGAAGCCACGACAAGGAGAGUGAUUGAUCAGUUUGGAGUUCAAGCCUUGCAAGAGCGCCCAGAACUAAUGGGAACUAGUCUGGAAAUGGUUCGGCGUGCAGGUGCUCUCUUAGACCGACUGGCUACAGAUUCCACAGGCCGAUCUCGUUUCACACCCAACCUGGAAUUACGCUUGCUAGACCUAGUUACUUCACGGGUUCUGGAUGCUACGGUUGCACAUUUGCUAUGUGGUGCAUUACAUCGCCUUUCACCAAAGCGGCAGUUGGAAGAUAAAGUACUGUCACCUAUUGUUCCACCCAAUCCAUCACCGACAGUUGUUUCACAGCUGCUGAAAAACAGUGUUUCUGGGAUCAGACAUGAUGUAGAGCAGUGCACUGAGGACGAGAACCAGCUUGUUGGCGUUAAAUCUGAGGAAAAGGUUGACAGUGAUGUAGCUACCUUGAUCUCCUCUCGUGAGAACGGUCCGUGCAGGAUGACCACCGAUUCGGUGGAAACUCUCAAGGACGAAGUGAAGAUCGUUGAACGAACAAAUAUCGUUUCGGAUAUGUGCGAAGCGCAAACAAAACGUGACAAAGAAUACUGUGCUAAUGAACCGACUGCUGACGACUCAGACCCAGUCCUUUACAAGAAAAUCACCGAUGUGAGUAGUGACCCUACAGGAGAUUCCCAAGCCAGCACAGCGCUCCCUCAUACAUCUGUAUCGGUGAGCGGUAAUUGCCUGGAUCCCUGAAUAGAUGUGUGUUGGGUUUCAUCUAUGUACUCUUCAGAUUCGUAAUUUUAUCCCCUCGCCAGCAUUCCUCUGUCUGAGUUCCGAUGUGAUUGGUCAUCAAACCAAGCGUUGUAGCCGCCCAGCGGCCAUGUGCCAAGGCCCACCUUGUACAUAUUUUAUUUUUCCUGAUGCCAGGACAUGUAUCGUGUUAGUCUGUGUUUUCGAGCUGCCCAGUGUCUAUCAGAGUGACUGCGUUUUCCUGACCUUUCCAGGAUUUUGUUUCAGGUGUCUUUUCUACUAACUGGAGCACCUUUUUUCUGUCAGUGGUUGUGAGCGAGCACUCUGUCCCUUGUGCCCCGCUGACGUUAUCUCCUUACGGGUAGUGAUUGUAUCCUAAUCACUGUUUACAUUGUGUACACACACCCACGCACACAAACACGAGCUGUGUGGUCUGCAAUCCCGCGCAGUUUUUGGUUUGUCUCUCGUUUUCCUGUUGAUCCAAUUGCUCACCAACCUGCUGACUGACCCGGUUUGCUUUCUUCUUUGUGUGUGCCCUAUUGAGUACGGACGCACUAACUUAAGAGUGUAUUCUGACCGCUUUCCAGAUUGUUUGUACACCGUCCCCAUUAACCACACUGAAUGGAACAGUUAAGUCUUUAUUCUUCUGGGAAGCAAUUCGAAGCCCGAGCGGAUGAUCUAUACAUAGAGGAUGCUUCAGCUGCUCGACUUCGGUGCUCCCUAAUGCCAAUUCGCAAUUGCAGCUGACUUUGUUUCUUCACCAUUAACCUUUUUCAGAAACACGAUCUGACUGGUUGACUAGUGCGGAAUGCAUUUUGACAUUAGUGUGUAUUGUGUAAAGCUCCAUAUAAUACCUUUACAUAGCAAUGCAUCAAUUUUAUAAAUCGAC